AUGUCGUUCACCUUCCACACCACAUCUGACCCCGCCAAAAUCCGCCAGGUUUACGCGGUCUGCGGCACCGAGUGGGGCUCCGAGAUCUUUACCCCAGAUGAGUUUGGCGACGCAGAACUUGUCAGACACAAAUACACCUUGGACCAAGGCAGUCCCGUCCAGGUGUUUUACUUGGAGGACCAGCACGGAAAAAUCGUGGCCUCCACCGCCUUGACCCAGUCCAAGGGCUUCUACAAGGAUGCUGAUCGCUCGCACGCCAUCUCGUCCAUUCCAGACCCUGCGCUGUUUGGAGUGAAGAAUGUACACUUUCUCGUCAUUGGCUACGUGUUCACGUUAAAGGAGCACCGUGGCAACGGCUUGGCCACUCUUCUCGUGGGCAAGGCCAUUGAGCACACCGAAAACGCCAUAAUCUCGCAAAAAAUUGCAGAAAGCGACCCCGCCAAAAAUGACAGCUUUAAGAACAUGGUCACCAGCGAUGGCCAGGUCGAUCGCCAAUUGGCCAACUACUACUUGGGAAAACAGUACUUCUGGGUGUUGUACUCGGCUGUGGGCAACUACUACGAGAAGUUCGGUUUCAAGGGAUACCCUCUCGAUUUCUACAAGGUGCCCCUCAGUGUAGCCGGUCCCGACCAGGAGCGCUUGAUCGAGCAAUUGCUCCACCUGAACAACGCCCCCACCCAGGAGACAGUGGGUAAGAAGUUGAGAUUACUCCACGGAUCCAAUCCUGCAGACCAGGAGUUGAUCCAGUAUAUCUUGCAAGGCAAGGAGUUGGAGAUCAUGACGGAACUCAACAAGCUCAUCACCCACAGCGAGUUACAGGGCGACCGUCGCUCAUCGUCGUCGUUGGCCAACUUGUCAGACAUGCUUUACUCCAGAAGAGGUUCCAGUGCCACUGGGCUCUCUGGCAUCACCGAGGACGUGGGGCAUUCUGCCCCACGCAGACAGUCCUCGAUGGUCACCUCUACCAUCCCCAAGGUCUCCAUCAAGCCGUCUUAUGCUCACUACAGGGGUCACCACUUAGUUAGCAUGAUCGCUGCCGAGAAACUCCCCCACAAAGAGGCUUCCACAAAAUGGUUUGACGUCAACGGAGCCAUAUUCACCAACGAGUUGCAGCACAAGUCGUACUACAUCCUCUGGCACACUUUGAUGGGCAAGACGUUUUUUGUUUUGGGCAUGGGCGAGUUGUCGUUCGAGCCAGUAGGUGUCUUGGGUGGUCCCGCCGCGGGUGGCCGCCGUCGUGGGUCCUCGUUCACUGGCUUGAACGAGUUGGGUGGCCACAACUUUCAAGACUUGGACAUCUUAUUGAGUGUCGCCUGCCAUGUUGCACGUCAACGCCAUACCAGACACGAUUCUGUGGUUGUUUCCACGAACGACUUGCCCUCGCACAUUCCUGGGCCCGUUCUUCACGACUACUUCUUAAACUACUUGCCCAAAAACUUCGAAAAUGUGCACGAGCCAGGGGCCGAAGCCGAUCCCAAGUCGAAGGUGGAGUUCAUCACCGAUGCUCCCACAAAACUCUUGGUCUUGCCAAUGUUGAAGAAGUUUGGCUCCAACUCGCCGGAAUUCGACUUGGACUGGAAUACAAAUAGUAUGUUGUCGUGGGGCUGA